AUGUCCAUCGUGGAGGCGAAUGACAACGCUGGCACCACCAGCAUCCUCCUCCGCUAUGCCUUUUGGGCCAUCCCCAUCCUUCUGACGACCCAGAUCGCCAUUUUUCUCUACAAGACCUUGACGUCUCCACUUCGCAACGUCCCUGGUCCCUUCGCCGCCCGCUUCGGCCGCUUCUAUUACUUGUGGCGAGUUUCCCAAGGACACUGGGAACGCCAUGAUAUUGCCCUCCACAAGAAGUACGGCCCCGUUGUCCGCGUCGCCCAGGACAUGUACAGCAUUGACCAUCCGGAAGUGGUCAAAAAGGUAUACAGCAUCAACUCUAAGUUCCCCAAAAGUGACUGGUAUUAUGCGUGGCAGCAUCCCGAUCCAAAUCGCUGGACCUUGUUCCCGGACAGGGAUAUGAAGAGGCAUGCAGAAACGCGUAAAAGGUUUCAGGCAAUGUACUCAAUGUCGAGUCUGGUCAACUACGAGUCGUAUGUGGACUCGUGUGCCGAGAUUUUCGGGCAAAGGUUGUCUGAGUUCGCCGCCAAAAGGGAGACUAUCGAUAUGGCACACUGGUUCCAGUGCUAUGCCUUUGACGUGAUUGGCGACAUCACCUACUCUCAAAGAUUCGGCUUUUUGGAUAAAGGAGAGGAUGUUUCUGGUUUGUUGAAAGCUCUGCACAGUGUUCUGCAAUACGGUGCCCUCGUCGGCGUGUACGCCAAGUGGCAUCCCAUUCUUUUCAACAUUUCGAGUCGUCUUGGAAUCGGUGGUGGAGAGGGUCGAGUGUGGCUGAUGAAAUAUGUCACCGAGAGGAUCAAACAGCGCGAGGAGGCCAAGAAAGCCGGAAUCGACGUCGAAAAGAUUGGGGAUGAGAAUGCACCGAUGGACUUUUUGGAGAAAUUACUAGUGGCAAAUCAGCAUGACCCGGACAAGGUGACCCCGUAUCAUGUAUUCAUGAUGGGCUUGUCAAACAUCAUAGCGGGCUCCGACACGACCGCGGUGAGCUUGUCAACGAUCCUAUAUAACCUGCUCAGGUAUCCCGACACGAUGCGAAAGCUCCAAGAGGAGAUUCAAGAGUUCGAGGAGCAAGGCAGGUGCGGUAAUCCGGCUGUCUCGUUCAAGGAAAGCCAGGAGAUGCCCUACCUGCAAGCGGUGAUGAAGGAAGCACUGAGAAUGCACGCAGCCACCGGUUUGCCACUCUGGAGAGUGGUACCUGAAGGGGGCGUAGAGAUCUGUGGUCAUUUCUUUCCGGAAGGCACCACUGUUGGGCUGAACAGCUGGUGCGCUCACUAUAACGAGGACAUUUGGGGCCCAGAUGCAAAACAAUUCCGACCAGAGAGAUGGAUUGAAGCCGAAAAAGAAGGUGGGGAUAGGCUGAGGACGAUGGAUGCUUACUACCUGCCGUUUGGUCUCGGGUCGAGAACGUGCAUAGGCCGACACAUUUCAUUCUUGGAGAUGUCCAAGUUGAUCCCUCAACUUGUCAGGAGGUUCGACUUCCAGCUGGAGCAUCCUGAGCGGGAAUGGGACACGGUAAACUAUUGGUUUGUGAAGCCAGUAGAUUUCCGGGUCAAGGUCAUGCUUCGAAAAGAGUAG